UGAAAACGCCAGGGAUAUAUUUUUUUUGUCAUAGCUUUUGUUGUUACCGAAUCGGUGCCUUACCUCAUCCAUGUCCAUCAGAAGAAAAAGAAGUACGAGAGCAAUGGACCAGCAAGCGUUCUCUCGUGAUGCAUCAGAUGAAGAUAACACCGAGCUGACACCAGACACCUUGCCACCUCGUGUAUCAAAACGCUCCAAAACCGAUGAAGAUUUAGACCAAGCGUUACCUGCUCCUCAGGCCGCUUACGACUUCAAAAUAAAUCCCCCUCCAAAAGAUCGACCGGUGCGCAUUUACUGCGAUGGUAUCUAUGAUCUCUUCCAUUUUGGGCACGCAAAAGCGCUAGAGCAAGCCAAGAAAGCGUUUCCAGACGUCUAUUUACUGGUUGGCGUCUGCAGCGAUGCUGAAACACAUAAGCGAAAGGGAAAAACCGUCAUGACCGAUCUCGAGCGAUACGAAGCCGUUCGCCACUGUAAGUGGGUGGAUGAAGUCGUGACCAACGCCCCUUGGACGGUGACGCAGGAAUUCCUGGAUGAACAUCGGAUAGAUUACGUCGCCCAUGAUGCCGAGCCUUACCAGUCCAAGGAAUCCGGCGAUGUCUAUGCAUUUGUCAAAGAGCAAGGGAGAUUCCUUCCUACCAAGCGAACAGAAGGGAUCUCUACCUCCGAUCUGAUCACGCGAAUUGUCCGAGACUACGAUGCCUAUUUGCGAAGGAACCUGGAAAGAGGAGUGAGUGCCAAGGACCUCAACAUUUCCUUUUUCAAGGAACAAGAAAUCAAGACCAAAAAGUCUCUGCAGCAGAUCCGAGAAACCGUCAAGGACACUGUGGUCAUUUGGGAAGGUCGCAGAAAUGAAUUCGUUCGAGGCUUUGCUGGGCUCUUUGGAACAGACGGCAUGGACAAAUUCUUCUUGAACAGACGUCGCCAUUUAUUGAGGGGAGCAAGUGCACCCAACAGUCGUGAGCAUUCUGAAGAUGAGACCACCACUAGCAAGAGCGAAACGGAUGUUGAAGCCGAAAGCGAUCACCAUUAAUUCUUUUAUUCUUUAUAUUCAAGCUCUCGAGACACUAUAUUAGAGGAACAACCCUUGGUCUUCGCCGACUCGUUGGCGCGUCAUGGCUGUUUCCGUUUUUUUUCUCUUCAAACCGCCAAUAAAGAUAUCCCCAUUCCAAUCUGUUGAAGUUACAAAAAGAAUUCGAAAGUGUCACCGGGCAAAAUAUGUUAGGCGUUGAAACCAACACCCACCGAACUUAAGCAAGAGAGCUCAAUAAAAAGGGCAGUGAUAACAAUGAAGA